CUUUUCCUUUCCCCCUGUCACACUUACUUGUAAAACUAAUGCGCAUCGUUACGUAACCUUAACCUUCCUCGUAGCACACACACACCCACGAACACACACACACACGAACACACACACACACACACACACACACACACACACACACACACACACACACAGAGAGAGAAAGGAUCUACCUAAGUGCUCCUGAAAAUGAAAAUAUACUUAAUUCUGUCAAGGCUCUGAAACGCUCUGAACCUUGUUUUGCCCAGCAGGUGGAUGUAUGACGUCACGGACAAGGAACAUCAAAACAAAAACAUUCAAAUCCUCGUUUCUUCUUUUUUCCUCUUCCUCUCUCUCUUUCUCUCUCUAAUUCUUCUCUCGGCGUGUUAAAAAUCUAAUAACAUUAAAAGCCAGGAGACUAUUUUCCCCCUGCAAGCCACACUGGCGAGUCGGCAAGAGCGAAACUCCACAUAUUGCCAUAUUUCGACGCCCUCGACUGAGAGCUGAACAAUGAUUGGAGUAAUGGAGCACCAAUCUACUCAACUCAAGUAAUCGAGGAAACUCUGGCAGUGACAUUCUGUGGAGCCUGACAUCGAAGGUGAGGAAGCGCUUUACUACCGCUGGAACUGGAGAUUGCAUUCAAUAAGUUUUUAAGUCAUGAUGCAAGACUCCACCACUGAAACGGUGAGCAAUGGACCAGCCAAUCACAAUGGAGAUGCAAACGUAAACGGCGUACUCCGGGAGGGAACACCUAAAAGUGCCACACCUUCGGUGGAUGUGACGGCUGCAGACCUCCUGCAUCUCCAGCAGCACCAGGCCUUCCAAGUGGCUCGGCAGAUUCUCCUCCAGCAGCAACAGUCCCAGGUACAGCUGCAGACUCGACUGAACACUGGGCGCAAAUCUCCCAAACCCGGUGACAAGCAGCAGAGCCAGCUACAGGUUCCAGUGUCAGUGGCUAUGAUGACACCUCAAGUGAUAACUCCACAGCAAAUGCAGCAGAUUCUUCAGCAGCAAGUCCUGAGCCCUCAGCAGCUCCAGGUCCUCCUCCAGCAGCAGCAGGCCCUCAUGCUACAGCAGCAGCAACUUCAAGAGUUUUACAAAAAGCAGCAGGAACAGCUCCACCUCCAGCUCCUCCAGCAGCAGCAACAUGCAAGCAGCAAGCAGAGCAAAGAGCAGCAAGUGUCACCACAACAGUUGGCCUUCCAGCAGCAGCUCCUACAGGUCCAGCAGGUCCAGCAGCAACAUCUGCUCAACCUUCAGAGACAAGGGCUGCUCACCAUCCAGCCAGGACAGACCAACCUGCCGCUUCACUCGCUCACUCAGGGCAUGAUUCCAGCAGAGCUCCAGCAACUGUGGAAAGAGGUGACGAAUGCCCAUGUAAAGGAGGAACGCAACAACGGCAGCAGCAACAAUGGCCACCGGGGCCUCGACCUGUCUUCUUCGGCGCCACCAAAGAACCCGGUCCUCAACCAACAUGCUGCCACCAACGGCCAGUACAUGAGUCACAAAAGAGAUGGGUCAGCGCUGGAGGAGCUAUCCCCCCACAGUCACCCUCUCUACGGCCAUGGCGUCUGCAAGUGGCCCGGGUGCGAAGCUGUUUUUGAUGAUUUCCAGUCAUUCCUCAAGCAUCUCAACAACGAGCAUGCCCUGGACGACAGGAGCACGGCUCAGUGUCGGGUGCAAAUGCAGGUUGUCCAGCAACUCGAGCUCCAGCUAGCGAAGGACAAAGAGCGUCUGCAAGCCAUGAUGACGCAUCUUCAUGUCAAGUCCACAGAGCCCAAAGCCACCCUGCAGCCGCUCAACCUCGUGUCCAACGUCACAUUGUCCAAGUCGGCACCCGAGGCCUCUCCGCCCCUGAGCCUCCCACAGACCCCCACCACGCCCACAGCGCCCCUCACGCCCCUCUCACAGACUCACUCCGUCAUCACAUCCAACAGUCUCCACAGCGUGGGGCCGAUGCGACGACGCUACUCAGAAAAGUACAACAUGCCCAUCUCCCCAGAUAUCAGUCAGAACAAGGAGUUUUACAUGAAUGCAGAUGUUAGGCCACCAUUCACCUAUGCCUCACUAAUAAGACAGGCAAUCCUUGAAUCUCCGGAAAAGCAGCUAACACUAAACGAAAUCUACAACUGGUUCACGCGAAUGUUUGCAUAUUUUAGGCGCAACGCAGCAACAUGGAAGAAUGCAGUCCGGCAUAAUCUUAGUCUUCACAAGUGUUUUGUGCGAGUAGAAAACGUUAAAGGGGCUGUGUGGACAGUCGACGAAAUAGAGUUCCAAAAGAGGCGGCCUCAAAAGAUCAGCGGAAGUCCUGCCCUAGUGAAGAACAUUCAGACCAGCCUGGGCUAUGGUCCAACUCUCUCUGCUGCCUUCCAGGCUUCAAUGGCAGAAAACAACAUACCUCUAUACACUACUGCUUCCAUUGGAAGUCCCACACUCAACUCCCUGGCCAACGCCAUCCGCGAGGAGAUGAAUGGAGCGAUGGACCAUGAAAACAGCAACAGGAGUGACAGCAGCCCGGGACGCUCGCCCCUGCCAGCUAUGCAUCACAUCAGCGUUAAGGAGGAACCACUGGACCCUGAAGACCACGACGGACCCCUCUCCCUGGUCACAACCGCCAAUGACAGUCCGGACUUCAACCACCACAGAGAUUAUGAUGAUGACCUGGGCCAUAACGACAUAUAAGGCCAGGGUGCAGACCUUCUGGAAGACGGAAACGCUGGACUUCAGUCUCUCAAGUGUCUCUCCGAGCAGACUGACGUUUUAGUGCCAUUACAAAAAAAGUGGGAAAAGUGAAGGAGGGGGUCUUUUGAGCUCAGAUUCCCUUCUACCUUUUGAUUUCAGUUACCUCUUAAAAAGUGAAGACAAACGUUGGAUGGAUCGGCGUGGUACCGGGGAGAGGGUGAAAGUGAUUGAAGUGAAACUCUCGCUGUGCAGCCAUAACGGACUGCACUCAGCGGACUGUGAGAGGGACUCUAUACUCCCCUCCUCCUACCACCACACUCUGCCACCCUCUCAGACACACACAACCAUAAACUGAAGAAAGAGAGAUAAAGACGUGUGUGUGUGUGUGUGUGUGUGUGUGUGUGUGUGUGUGUGUGUGUGUGUGUGUGUGUGUGUGUGUGUGUGUGUGUGUGUGUGUGUGUGUGUGUGUGCGUGUGUGAAGGAGAACGAAUGAGUUCAUUGUCACUGCCUUCAACAUGUUUAAUUCCAUCAAAGAUGGGAGGGACCUUUUUCUUACUUUGGCGGGUGGGAGGGUCUUUUGUUGGUUUUAAGAGGAAGGGUUGUAAAAUGUCAGUUUAUUCAAUGCUGUUUCACAUAUUACAUCUUUAUUUGUGAUCAUUUUUUGAAACUGAUCAGACCUCAUGCCCGUGCUGUGGAGAUUCCGUUCGGUUGCCUCUUGAUGAUGAAUGUUUUUAAUUUCCUCUCAUGCUGUUCUUUCAAAAAAGAAAUUACACACAGCAGAAUGGUAGAAACCAAGUAGUAUUGUUCUGUCAUUUAUUCCAGUUUCUUUGUGAACAACAUAAAAAAAGAACAGAACAGAAGAAGAAAAGCUUCCCUCCUCUGCAUCUCUGUCCCUCCUGCUCGUGAAGUCCAUCAGCAAUGCACUACUUGUAAUGAAGGCUCUCUCCAUGCGACAAUGAAAUUUAAUUUAAGAUGCGAAUGGAUGACAGAGAAAUCAUGAUUUAUCCUUAUGAAAUUAUUCUUUAAGACCGCCUCUGAUGGCAUGUUGUGCUGAGCUACAACACAAUUUUUGAUCACUUACAAGGUGGCUUUUCUUCUUUUUCUCUUAUUUUUAAGCCAAAUGGAAAAGAUGAAAAUGUCAGUUGUGCACUGGAAAGGAUAAUGAUUUAGACCAACUAAUUAUGAUUCCUGAAUACGGCCGUUGUUGUUAAUCAAACGCGUCUGCUUCCCCCUGUGCAGGUGUUUCACGCGGCGUUUGUUUCCCAUAUGCAUGACUAGUUUUGAGCGUUAAUAAUACGCAACCUCAGACGGAACGCUGAGAGUAACCAUCCCAGCAUCGGCAAACGUUUCACAUUCCAGCAUCUGACAGCAAAUAUAAAGUGUACACUGAUGACUCUGUUCAGCCCCCAGAAAUGAGAAUUAGUGGUUUUGUGACGCAGCAAAAAUUCAUUCCAACCGUGUCAAUUAGACACAGAGGAGAUUGUUAAUUUCAAGAUUGCAAUGAACCACUUUAAAUCUGUUAUUUAUUCUUAGUUUUAGGUUCAUUUUGGGUCACCUCUGGCUUUUUUUGUGUCAGUGUGUUUUGAUAUCUGGUCAUGUGACUACCAAAGAUAAACUUCAAAGUAAAUGUGUGUUCCAUGUAGGCAUGGGCAGGUUGCUGGUUUCAACAUAUACUGAGGUUUUUAAAAGCAAAUCAUGUUUCCGUCGUAACAUUCAAAUGGUGUAAAGUUCUUUUAAUGAAAUACAGAACAAAGGUGAUGUCACGCAAAAGACAAAUUCAGCUAUUUGGAAUUAUUUGAUGUAAAUAUUUUACGUUUCCAUUUUAAAUGACAGGCAAAAAAUGUAUGACAUUAGGCAUUUUUUAAGGUCCAGGAGGCAGUGGUAGCUUCACACCACUAAAGCAUAAGAAUCUCACAGCAGCCCAUGCCUUGUUCAAUGCAAUAGCAAAUAAGGCCAAAUAUUUCCCAUGCAUUCUGCAGCCUGAGGAACGCUUCUCAAAGUGGUGUUUUCACUCUUUUUUAUUCUGAUUAGUUUAAACCAAAGGAGAUUAAUUCAAACAUGAGAGUGAUGCUUUGCAGUCCAAGAGUGAAUGGAAGGAGCUGGCAGGCUUGACUACAUGAUGACCAAAACAGAGAAAUCUUUAAUCUUUGGAGCCAAUUAUGUGGGAACAAGAAGUAUUCUGGUCCAUGGAAAAACAAUGUGAACAAAUUCAUCUGCUUCAGCUGGACCACACCAUAAUUCUCUGUUUUUCCCCCUAUGUUUGUAUCCUUUAAAAUGAUUGUAUAUCACUCUCACCUUUUUUUUGUUUUGUUUUUUUGGGGGGGAUUUUUUUGGUCAAGACUUUAUGAUUGUUUUUAGUUUUUGUCAACGUAUUGCUUUUUAUAUUAAAAAAAAAAAACACUCCUGUCAACUAAUAAGCUGGGUACAAGGUACUUUUAUGGCAGUUAUUGCUUUUAGUCCUCAUCAACUAAAAAAACUAAAGAAAGUUGAUCUGUGGUUUUCCAGAAGGCAUAUUUAAUAUCCAGGCAGCUGUGGGACGACCGGGUCGCUUCCAGCAGGGCUGGGAUCGUGAGAAUGGGCCGAGCUGAUCCACAGAACCUCAGCCUUCGGACUCCAAGUUUGUUUGGUAUUCGUAAUGAAGGGGGAGGGGUAAAAGGAAAGCACUGGUAGAUUAGAUCACUCUCAGCAUGUGUAGCUCGACAUUACUAAAGAUAACAGCAUGAGAAAACAGUUAGGAUGCAUACCUCGGCUCAAACCUACAGGGAGCGAUUAGGUUCGGCGAGAAAAAUAAACAUUUUACUCAGCCUCGCUUAGCUGUGUGGCUUGCAUGUGUAGAGAAACGAACUAAAAAGGACAGAUUCUUUUUCUUUGAACAUUUUAAAACCAUGAUUUAAUGUGAAGUACAUCACCCAGCUGCGUGUGGCGGUGUCUCCCCUGUCCAGUGAAUUUUCCUCCUCUGGGCUGACGGGUCUGUUUUAAGGGAACUCAAAAUUCAAGUUUUGCUUUUCUCUCUUUGAAGUAUCAUCCGUUCAUCUGCUUUUGUAUCAAGUACGAAAUAGAAAAAUAAACUGCUGUAUGUGUCAGAAUAGGAGAUUGCUGAAAAUGUGUUUUAUGUAGUAAUCCUUGCUUUACAUCAAGAUGAAAGGGUGGGUGGGAAUGGGCCAGAUUUUGGAUUUUCAAUUUGUAUAUUAUAGAAAAACAGAUUUUUUUUUCUUUGUCACUUACCUGAGCAUUUUGUACAGUUUUCCUUCCCUGUUUGUGUUGAGCUGUUUUUUUUAUACUUCCUUUCGACGGUCCAACCACUGCCUUCUGUGGGCCGUAUGUUAGAGAUGGCGUGUUUCCGCUCCGAGGCGGAAGUGCAUCGCAUGACUAAACCCAGGGUCACAGAGAUUUUGUGGGGAAGGUCAUUACCAUUAAGGGUGCAAUCUGAUGAUAUUUUCUAUGAAAUUAUUAGAAAAAUAGAAAGAAAAAUAUGCAGUGCCAAGGUGUAAAAUAUAUUAGCAGCUUUUAUUUUUUUCAUGUUUCUUUUUCAGCCCCCACACAUCAAAUAUGUGUCCUCGCCCAUAUUGUGUUGAUUAAACACAUUUUUUUUCAUUCGAUUCCCCUAAUCUGGUCAUUGCCAGAGUCAAAAUCCAAGCACAGCAGGCAUGUCACAGGAUUUACAAACACCCUGCUAACAGUCCAUCCUCUAAAUAUCUCUAUCUCACACACACGCUUACUAAAAAUGUCAUCACUUCAUCCAUCACCAACAUCCAACCUGCCAUCAUUCCGUCCCCCCACAUUUCUCCAGUUCUCACGUCACACUUUUGUUUCUUUUAAGAAAGGGAAGGAGAGGUGGAGCUGUGAGCCUCAACCCAGGAACAGUUGUGCUGUUCUCAUCCUUGCAGAAGGUGUUCAGUUUCUAUUCUUGGUUCCUUUUUUCUAAACAUUUUGUGUAGUUUUGCUUUUUUUCUUUUCCCCUCUCAUAUGUUGUUUUUUAAAAAACAGAAAUAUGAUUAUUCAUCACUUCCAUGGGUCUGUAAACUCAUCAAUCCUUGUCUGUUGGGCAUAAGCCACUUUGUUGUAGUCAGUGGCAAUGACUGAUGUGAGCAUUCUAAACAUGCAAUAAAAUGCUGGUUGUUCAAA